GAGUCAAAGUCGUCCCGUGUGGUGUCAUGGGCCACUUUCAUUCGCUCCCUCACAAUAAUAACUUGCCAGUUUCCUUUUCUUCUUCGCUCCCUGUAACAAUAAUUUGUGUGUGGUUCUUUCUCAUUCUCAUCACACACUCAUAAUGGAAAAUUCUGUGCUUCACAAUCACAACGUCGAUGUUCACCACACUUCAACAUCCUCUUUUUCUUCUUCUUCUUCUUCUUCUUCUUCUUCUUCUACUCGUAGUCAAAGGGAUGUCCGCUACAGCUGUGGUUCGUGCGGGUAUGACCUCAACCUUUCCUCAUCCAACCGAAACAUAUCAGUGAUAGAUUCAAAAUACAAAAAAUCAAUAAAGAGAGGUAUCAUAUCAUUCUCCAACAUUGAUGACACAAGAUUCACCCAAGCUGAUGAAAUUCAUUGUGCUCCUCAUUUUUCUAAGAAAUCAUGGAGUUUAUUCCGUCCAAAAUCCAAGCUCCUUUGCCGCAAGUGUUGCAAUCAUAUCGGUUAUUCAUACAAUGGUUACAAUUCAUCAUUUAUUCUAGUAUCAAAUGGAGCAGAACCAUCUCCUUCCACUGAAAAGCAAUACAGCAUUCGCAUUUCUGCCUUGCAGCCUAUAUUUUCCCAACAAUAUGGAAAUGGAAUCUCUCUGUUGCCUUGAAAUUUUACUUACAUGCUAGAUAUUGCAUUGUUUCUUCCUUUAUAUAUACUAAAUUAUAAGAAUCACUACCAACAAGGAUUUUCUUUUUUUUUUUUACCAAAGUAAGAUGUUUCCACUGUUUUACAAUAUUUGUGUGGGCAUAACUUCUGCCAUUUAACAAUUACUUGAAUAAAUAUUCAUUUUGGCUUUUGAAAAAAAAAAUGUUUGAGUUCAUUAUAUAUACAUAAACCUCUGUUUAUGCC